AUGCCCAGUCAUGGUGUGCCACGGUACAAGCCAGUUGAGAAGUCCGCCGAGGCACGACAGCAAGAGCUGCAGAAGAUAGAAAAUUACAAGGAUCUCGAACGUUCCGUAUCCAAAAAGGUGGCUGAGCAUGAGUACACAAUGGAGACCUUGAAGAAGAUCUCGGAGCUGCUGUCUAGCAACCCAGAAUAUUACACAGCCUGGAACUACCGCCGGCAGGUACUGCAGUAUCAAUUCUCCCAGGCAGGAGGCUCGGAUGAUGAGACUGCCCAUUCAAUUACACAGUUAAUCGUGAAUGAUCUACAUUUCCUCAUCCCCCUUCUCCGGAGCUUCCCCAAGUGCUACUGGAUUUGGAACUAUCGUUUAUGGCUUUUGGAUGAGGCUCGCCGUUUACUAUCCCUCCCCGAAGCCCGGCAAAUCUGGCAGCAAGAACUUGCCCUUGUGGGUAAGAUGUUGACUCUUGAUAGCCGGAAUUUCCACGGGUGGGGUUAUCGCCGCUUCGUGGUUGAGACCUUGAAGGAGCUUGGUACCGCCGAAGAAGCAACAAGCAUGACCGAGAAGGAAUUUGAAUAUGCGACCAAGAUGAUUGGCGCCAAUCUUUCCAACUUCUCCGCGUGGCAUUACCGGACAAAGCUUAUCCAGUCGCUUUUGGAUGAGCAAUCUGCCAGCGAUGACGACCGGAGAAGAAUGUUGGAUGAUGAACUAUCUCUUAUUCAUCAAGCAUUUAUUGAUCCUUAUGAUCAGUCACUUUGGUUCUAUCACCAAAAUUUGAUGAGUGUGUUUGACCCGUCGAUGGCCGAACGAACUAUGGCCCCCAAUUUGAGCUCGUCCGACCGACUGGAGUACAUUAGAAAUGAGAUCCAGGAGAUCCAGGAGAUGCUGGAUGGGGCUGAAGACUGCAAAUACAUCUAUCAGGCAUUAAUUGAGUGCACCCUUCUCGCAUCCAAGGUGGAAGGCAGUUUGUCUUCCGAGGAUCGGGACCAGAUUCUAGGCUGGCUCUCAGAAUUGAAGAAGCUGGAUCCAUUGCGACGAGAAAGAUGGUUUGAUUUUGAGAAGACCUUGUGA